GUAUUAAUAUAUGACAUUUUAAUCAUGAUCAUUCAAAAGCUCUCAUGAUUUAUCUGUAAAAGCAAUAUAUAUUUGCUUGACAGCCAUGCUGAUAUGAUGUUUUAUUUGAGUGCAUAGAUAUCAACUGCAUAUUCAUCAACUAGAAACGAGCACUUUCGGUGGUCAUGAAUAAAAAUGAGAAUCGUUUAUCACGGUGGUACUUUGGAGGUCUGGCAAGUGCUGGAGCAGCUUGCUGUACCCAUCCACUGGACUUGCUAAAGGUCCAUCUUCAGACACAACAGGAAGGAAAGAUUAGCAUUGUUCGUAACACUAUUAACAUUAUUCGUUACCAAGGAGUUUUAGCACUUUACAAUGGUCUCAGUGCUUCCUUACUCCGUCAGUUGACCUACUCUACCACGAGAUUUGGUAUUUAUGAGGUAGUGAAGCAGAAUAUGACAAAACCAGGAGAACCAUUGCCAUUUUAUAAGAAAGUUAUGUUUGCUGCGGCUGCUGGAUCUGCCGGUGGCUUUGUUGGCACACCUGCUGAUAUGGUAAACGUUAGUUAUAAGCAUGCUGUUGAUGGUUUGUGGAGAGUAUACAAAACUGAAGGAAUUAAUCGACUCUUUUCUGGGGCUUCCACAGCUACUUGCAGGGCUGCCCUAAUGACUGUUGGUCAGCUUUCCAUGUAUGAUCAGAUCAAGCAAACACUUUUACAAACAAACUACUUUGUGGAUAAUUUAGUCACCCAUUUCACUUCAAGCUUAAUGGCAGGUGCUAUUGCUACAACUAUGACGCAACCUUUAGAUGUUUUGAAAACUAGAACAAUGAAUGCAAAGCCAGGAGAAUAUAAAAGCAUUUUUCAUCUUAUAACGGUAACUGCCAAGCAAGGUCCUUUGGGCUUUUUUAAGGGUUAUGUUCCUGCCUUUGUAAGGUUGGGUCCUCACACCAUCCUCACCUUUGUGUUCUUUGAACAGUUACGACAAAGGUUUGGGUUCCUUCCUCCAAAGAAGGAAUGAAGAUUUAGCUUGAGCCAACAUUACGGUUUUUCAUAAUGUUGUAUUGGAAGACAAUGUUCUUCCACAGCAGAGACUUUAAAUCUUGUUUCUUAUGCAUUUAUAAUUUGAGUUAUAAUGAAUGUUUUUUUUUUACAGAGAAUGUUUUUUAUGAAUAGUUAAGAUAUUAAGAUAGUGUUGAAAUAUUGUAGCAUUUGUAAUAUCAUUUAGAUAUUUUUACAAGUUAUUUCUUAACAUUUUGUUAAUGAAACUGGGCUUCCGUCAUUUGUAACUUCUUGAUAUAAAGAAAAGGUAAGAUUUUGAUACUUUUGCCUUUGCUAAACAUUACAUGUCACCUGUAUUUGUGAUGCAAUGAUUUGGUGAAGAGUCAAAUGUAUAAAACUAAUAAUUAUUGUUACUUUACAUAAUGGCAUCCAAAAAUUAUUUUAAUUGGUUCUAACCUGGUGAAAUAUGGUGUGUUUUUGAUUCUUCAUUUUACUAAUAUCUUAAUGAAUUCAUAUUUUUAUGAAAUCAUCGUCCAAGUAUCAGAUUUGUUGGUUAUAAUAAAAAAAAAACUCCAUUUAUUUAGAUAUAUAUGUAUUUUAUUCCAGUUUUGGGUGAGAGAAAUGUAACCCAAUUAAAUCACUACUAUAUUCAUAGCUAGUGUUUUUCACUGCAUUCAUCGAAUCUUACAUUUCAUGAAAAACUACACACGUUAGAAAGAAGUAACAAUGAUUGUUUUCCUUUUUUUGUACAAUUUUUGAUUAGCUGUUUGGCGGGAACAUAGACGUGUAAAAGUGUCUGCUUUAAAAUUAAGAGAUUUUUUAUAUUUUUUUUAAUGUCAAACAAUUUUUGAAAACAAAUUAUAAGGAACUUUUAUGACAUGAAUUAAAGUUGUUAAAUAUGUACUCCAGAACAGGUAGCACAAGCGGUGAGUAGACCUUAUUUUUAUGUAGGUUUCAGAACUACCUCUGUGACAUGUGGCCUUAACUUUUUUUAAUAAAUCUUAAACUAUUUUCAUGCUUUUGAUUUUUAUACAAAUCGUACAGAGUUAUAAGAGGUGAUCGUAGUAGUAGUAGUUGUUUUCUAAGGUUUUAUAAAAAUUAAACAUUGUAGCAUGCAUGCACACACGCUCGGGCGGAUUGGGACACCGGGUAAAAUCCCGGUGAUGCCUGGGCCAGUGGGGGUGAUAACCUGGUUAUACUGUCUCAGUGCUAGACUAAUAUAAUGUACAUCUCUAUUUCUAUAUAUAAACAUACAUAUAUCAUCCUGAUUUUUUAGUAUUUGCCCGAGCCGUUUUGGCUCUCAAUCUGCCCCUGUACACACAAAUUCGUAUAUAUAAACACACACAUACUCACAUAUAUUAUUACAGUUUUUACAACAGAUUUGUUAUUCUUUAGAAUUUUAUAAUUACACACCUGGACAUCCUCCUCUUCGUAUUGUAACUCAGCCAAUUUGUGUGUACAAUUUUAAAAUUUUAUUUUAAUGUUAAACAGUUUCAUACUACAAAUCCUAAGGAUAAUAUGUUUAAGCCUAAGAAAAAAGUAUUGAAAAAGAGUUCUACGAAAUAUAUACAGCUUUAUUAAUUAAUUGAAUGUGAAAAAUAAGUGGUACUUCUUCAGAUUUUCUAAACAAAAACAAUAAUACAUUUCAGUUAUUUUACUGUACAUUAUGUUUACAUACUGGUUCAUCAUGUUAAAAUAUGAUAGUAGUGUGUGGAAGUAUUGGGUAGCUAGGCAUUUAUUGAUGUCGGGACUUCUAAUAAGUUUGAAGGUAAAGAUGGCUAUACUUUUCUAACCAGUAAAAUCAGAAAUAACAUGCAAUAAAAAAACUCCAGCUAAAUUUUUUGUAACCAUCAAAAUCAGAAACAACAUGCAGUAAAAAACUCCAGCUACACUUUUUGUAACCAACAAAAUCAGAGAUAACAUACAAUAAAAAAAACUCCAGCUACACUUUUUGUAACCAACAAAAUCAGAAAUAACGUACAGUAAAAAAAAACCCCAGCUACACUUCUGUAACCAAUAAAAUCAGAAGCAACAUGCUUGUUACUAGAAAACUCCAGCUACACUUCUGUAACCAAUAAAAUCAGAAGCAACAUGCUUGUUACUAGAAAACUCCAGCUACACUUCUGUAACCAAUAAAAUCAGAAGCAACAUGCUUGUUACUAGAAAACUCCAGCUACACUUCUGUAAUCAGUAAAAUCAGAAAACAACAUGUAUUAUUAGAAAAAUCUAGCUACAUUUCUGUAAGUAGUAAAAUAAGGAAAUAACAUGUUUGUGAUUUGAGAAAGCCUUCUGCUGUGUUGUAUUAAAUCUUAUGUUGUCAAGUCAACUCUCAUAUGCAUAAAAUUUCCUUUCUACAAGAGUGUCUUGUUAAAAGUAAUUCAUUAUUAAUGUACAACAGAGAUGGUGUGGAAAUUAAUAAUAUGAAAAAAUUGAAAUGGUGUUGACAGCUGUCAUUUAAUGUUGAAUUUUUGACCAAGUUUUGUUUUCUAUAGAAAUAACUGAAUCACUGAUAAUUAGUUCUGUUGUUGAAAUCUUAGGAAAGGCCUCAUCGCCAAACAACUACUAUAAACAAAACUUAGUGAGAGCUGCAUUAAGCCUUGUGCUUUGCACUUUCCAAAGAUUUUGUAAGGUUUUUUUUCAUUAUUUUAUAGAGUUCUUUUUGCAAAGUCAGACUUUUAGGUGAUAUAAAUCAUAUAUUUACAGAAAGAAAUUCCAUUAAACAAUUUUUAUCAUUGUAGUUUGGUAAACUUGCAGCAUUUUAAUAUUAAGUUAUAACUGUUUGUAAUUAGGAUAAUACUUGUGAGCCAAAGUAAUUAAUCUUCAUAUAAAUAUAUAAGCAAAGUAAUAUUUUAUAUUGGGGUUAAUUUGGUUAAAGACAGUAUACUGUCUAAACUUUAGUUUAAUAAUAAAGAAACUUCAAAUUCUUUAAUGAAUACUAUACUUUUUCUAUUUUACAGGACAAGUAUCUUAGUCUGAUAAAAUGUUUAAAUAAAUUUUGUUGUCUUUGACAGAAAAGAUGUUAAACCAUUGCUAUAAUGGAACAAAUAGUAGUUAAUACCUGAGAAAAUACUACUGUGCUUAGAAACUAGUAGAAAGCACUGCUUGACAAGAUGACGCAACACUAUGUUUGACACAUGCGCAAGUAGUAUCAUGCCUAUGUAAUAUUGUGAGAUAAACCAAUGAAGAAAGUGAUAUCUAAUUACCCAGUUCCUUAUAAAAUUUAAUAUCUUAUCGGAUAUUUGUCCAGUCUCUAAUAAAUGUUUUUUUCUUUUAAUAUAGAAAUUAUUUAAA